AGAGCUUGGGAGAUAUGGACUGCAGCCAUGCUACUCUGAUAUACUUCUAAAUAAGAGGGGCUGUGGUGUCGUGCUGUGAAGCCAUCAGAAAGAUUUAAUGAUGCAAGAUAAGAUAGCCCGUCACUUCCUCUUCUUGUGCUUUCUGGGGCUGCGCUGCUGAAAAGGCUACAGAGUCCACUCUGACAAGCCUGCUGCCAAAAUGGACCAUGAAGUGUUGGAGAGCAUUGUCCUCCUAGCAAUAGUCAGCCUUAUCAGUGUUCUCCAAAAUGCCUUUUUUGCAACCAAAGUGGAGCAUGAAAGCAAGAACUAUAACGGCAAGACUUUCCAGCGGGCUGGAUCUUCGGCCUUUGAGCGUGUCUUCACUGCCAACCAAAACUGCAGAGAUGCAUACCCGACGUUUCUUGUUGUGCUUUGGUGUGCUGGGCUGCUUUGUAGCCAAGCUGCUGCUGCCUUUGCUGGAUUGAUAUAUUUGUUUGUGAGGCAAAAGUACUUUGUUGGCUAUCUGGGAGAGAGGACACAAAGCACUCCCGGUUACAUAUUUGGAAAACGCAUCAUAUCAUUCCUGUUCCUCAUGUCUGUUGCUGGGAUCCUCAACUAUUAUCUUGUCCUCAUUUUUGGAAGUGACUUUGAAGUGUAUAUAAAAACUGUAACCAACACCAUCUCCCCACUGCUACUCAUUCCUUAAUUCUUUGCAGCAUUAGUGGUUCAGUGUGCUUUACAGAUCAAUAUCCAGAAGCAGCUAUAAUUCAACUGUUUAAGAAAUGAGCCUACAAACCCUUUUAGACUGCUGUAAAUCUAAGGCUCUGUGGGCUUUGUGGUUUGAUUUAACCUUUUUCCUACAGUAAAAUGAUUUAUUGUGACCAGUCAAUGUGCCCUAGGAAGGGUAAUACCUUCCAAUUAAUUCUUCAGAUUAAAAAGGUUAAAAAAAAGAAACAACCAAAAAAACAUUUCAGAUUGAACAAAACAUUCCAUUCUGAUUUUAAGCACCUUGUAAAUGUUUUUAAAAUAAAAUUGAAGGCAAUCUCAAAAUGAAAAGUCAUUUUGAACAGAAAAAUCAACCUGUUUCAUUUCAAAA